CCCACUGAGCCUGCUGUUUUUUCUCUCUAUCGCCCAGGCUGGAGUGCAAUGGCACGAUCUCGGCUCACUGCAACCUCUGCCUCCCUGGUUCAAGCAAUUCUCCUGCCUCAGCCUCCCGAGUAGCUGUGACUACAGGCACACGCCGCCACGCCUGGAUAAUAUUUUUUUGUAUGUUAGUAGAGACGGGGUUUCACUGUGUUGCCAAAGCUGGUCUUGAACUCCUGAGUUCAGGCAAUCCACCUGCCUCAGCCUCUGAAAGUGCUAGGAUUACAGGCGUGACCCACUGAGCCGGGCCUUUCUUUUUUUGUUGUUGUUGGUUUUUUAUCUUAACAUUUCCUUUUUCUGUUGAUGCUUUUCAAGAAUUACUGCCUUAGAAGAAAGCAGACAAUUUAUGAGGAAAAAUUACAAACUAUCACAUGUCACAAAACUGAUAUUCAAGGACUUCCAAAAAAGCCAGAAGAUGAAAUUGCUAGUUCAAAGUUGUUGGAUUGCUAGUCAUGUCAUGAGGAUCAGAAGGUUGAGAUUUUUGUAGAAGCUUAAACCAGUGUGAUAGUACUGACUGGAUCAAGACGUUUGCAAAAGGGACUAGGCUCAUAGUAACUUCGCCUGAUAAACACCUUGAUGCAGAUGCUUCCCCCAAGCCCACUAUUUUUCUUCCUUCAAUUGCUGAAACAAAGCUCCAGAAGGCUGGAACAUACCUUUGUCUUCUUGAGAGAUUUUUCCCAGAUACUAUUAAGAUACAUUGGCAAGAAGAGAAGAGCAACACGAUUCUGCGAUCCCAGGAGGGGAACACCAUGAAGACUAACGACACAUACAUGAAAUUUAGCUGGUUAACGGUGCCAGAAAAGUCACUGGAGAAAGAACACAGAUGUAUCGUCAGACAUGAGAAUAAUAAAAACGGAGUUGAUCAAGAAAUUAUCUUUCCUCCAAUAA